GUAGACAAGAUGGCUGCGCCCAGCUAUCCCAUUUGUUUAUGUUGUGGGGCAGCAAAAAGCAAAUAUUUUUGCAUUUCCAGCAAAAAGUGUGCCUUGUUUAAAACAGAAUCAAUACUAAGUUUAUUACUGAAAAAUGAGGUGGACCUGACACCAAUUAGAAGUCAACAUAUUUGUGACAAUUGUCUUAAAACUCUUUCUGCAAUACCGAAUAUUAUAGAAAACGUUAAGAAAGCUUGUAAAAGCAAUGAAUGUAAUGUGUCCGUAACAUCUACAACAACAACCAUCACAACCACGCCCAUUGAUAUUGGUAAACGACCUGCAAAGACACCGCCCUCACAACUUAGGUCAGGUCAGACAAAGAAGAGGGGCCGUGUCAUAGACCAGCUGGUGAAGUCUGUGGAGAAGUUGAAAGUUUCAUCAAAUGAUGCAGAGGAGUCCAGUUCCAAGGCAUGCCGUAAACUACGUUUUGUGUCAACAGAUCACUCGUAUACGCCAAAGGAUUUACAGACUGUGUCAGAGAAAUUCUGUGACACCAUAGCUGACAGUUUGCUGGAAAAAAUAUUGAAUCCAGUUUUUGAAAAGUAUAAAGUAGUUUAUUUAGUAAAGCUUAUAAUUUCCCAUGCUUUCAUUUUUUAUAAAGGAGCAGAUAUUCUACGAGGUUGCGACAUCUUUGCGGCUUGCAUUAAUGAAAUGCAGUCAAACUGCCCCCUUCUCUUUGAGGUUUUAUCCAUGUCUUUAGGGACCCUUGAUUCAUCAGAGAAAAAGAUUGCAACACUGGCCACCAUUUAUGGCAUGAUCCUUCAUAGCAGGUACCCCCUUGCCUCUGGAAUACAGAGAAUGUAUUCAACCUUAGCAAUUCGAUAUCAUGCAGAUAACAAGCUCAUGCAGAGACUCAAUAAAGUCCACAUCACUAUGUCUGAUUCGUCAAAAAAGAAAUUUGAUUAA